UGGGGGUUAGGAUUUAACGCUUUGUUAACUUCAUUCAGUCCAUGUGUAGAUCCUGAUUGCCGGAAAAUCGAGUUGCAUGUGGCUGCAGAUCUUGUAUUAUUGUGAUUAAUGACUGUAAGAUUCGCAGGUGUUUUGGGGAUGUGUUGAUUUUUAUUACAAAUUGCUUUCAGACAGAGAUGGCCAUCGUCUUCGGGGCAAAUAUUCAGACACGUUACACACUGCUUUUCCUGUGAAUCAGUUCGGAAAUCCAAGUGAAACGGCUCCAUUCUGAAUUCAUUCAAUUUCAGGUCUGAAUCGCAGCGACCAUCAGCAAGAUGAAGACAAACACUAUUGGCUGCUCAUUGUGCUGCUUCCUCGCACUGCUGAGCUGGCACAGAGUGAGGACACUGCAGUGCGGGGUGCAGGAGUUUAAGGAUAACGGAGAUCAAUGCGUCCCCUGCAUUCACUGCUCUCCAGGACAAGAGCCUGAUAUGGAAUGUGGAUAUGGAAGAGGCUUGACAAUGAGCUGCAGAAGAUGUGCACCUGGCACCUUUUCGGACACCUAUGGCUUGGGAUCCUGCAGGCCACACGUGGAUUGUGAGGGUUUGAAGAGGACGUUCCUUAGUCUGGGGACAGUGAUGGUGGACACAGUGUGCGGCCAUUGUUUGCCAGGGUAUUAUGUGUCAGAUGGAUCAGACUCUCAUCUGACUGAAUGUCUGCUGUGCUCUUCUGCUCCAAUGGGAACUACAGAAUGUUCAGUAAGAAGUGCUGAGGGCUCUCCCCAAGCGGAGGCAUCAAAAUCAUCUAACCGCAGCAAGGACGGGACACAGGAGGAAAAGAAGAUGAAAUACGCUGUGUUUCUCCUGAUGCCAGUCUUCUGCGUAAUAGGACUGCUGGGGAUUCUGGUGUGUAACUUGCUGAAGAAAAAGGGAUAUCGCUGCACCUCAGAAAAAGAUGCCAAGGAGGGGAUCGAGCUAGAGACCAAAUAUGACAGUAGCGGAGGUCCCUUCAGAACAGAUGAGGCCAAUGAGGAUACAAUCGGUGUUCUGAUCAAGCUGAUCACAGAGAAGAAAGAAAAUGCUGCCGCCCUGCAGGAAAUGCUGAGGGAGCACGAAAUGAAGGAAGCAGUCAUCAAAAGCAAUGCGGUGGAAAAGUUCGUGCCAUUGCUGUCCAUUCCCAAACUGUGUAAACACCAUCACCUUCACACCGUGCAGACGUCCUCCCUGCAGACGGGGUCCAGCUGCAUGAGGUGCAAUCAGAAGAAGUGGCCGGACCUGCUACUGACUAAAGCUGCCAAACCCUCAGCCAGAGCGAGCAGACCUGGCGAGUACACCAUCCUCUCUGUGGGCAGAUUCCGUGUUGCCCGGAUUCCUGAGCAAAGGCAGAGCCUGAAUGAAUCAGAAAGCCAGUCUUUGGCAAGUGAAAGCCCGGCUACCCAGAAUGAGCCUGAGGGGCAGAAACCUCCGCCUGACACCGUCUCUCCAACCCGCACGAAAGACAUUGCUUAACAUCUGCAGAAAGCAAACAAGAGAUCUGACUGAAUCUGCCAAAAAGGGCGCCGUAGGCAAUUUGUGAGGUAUUCGGUGUUUGAGCUGAGCUGAAGGCAGUCACUGUACAGAGUGGAAUAAGGAGCAGUGCUUUUAAAACAAAAACUCGCGAAUAUUCUACAUCGUCUCCAGAAAAACUAGAGGAAACGGGGUUCUCUGGCGUGCUCGCGAGGAGCGCCAUCACGUUCACUUUUUUUGAAGCUGAGUUUUGAGGAACAAAGUAUGUUUACAGACGAACGUGUGGAUUAUGCUGCGGGGAUCAGGAACAGGUCCCCGCUUCCGUUAGAUUACAUGCUGCUCCGUGUCGCAUAAUUUUUUCUAAAAAAAUUAAUGUCACACAUAAGAAAACAUUACAACCUUUUGAGAACCUGUAUUCAAAGCUGUGGUUUCCAGUUUGUUGCCAUUCACCCACCCACCCACUCGCACAAACCCUCACACACACUGCACGCUCCUGACAUUUGCGAAAAGUGCACUUUUGGAUAUUAACAUAGGAAAUUAGGAAAUGCUAGUUGAAAAAAGACCAAGGUGCAUCUAAUCCGUCUUCUACCAUCUUGGUAGUCGCCUGCUACAAUAAUGGAGAUGUUGGCAGCAAUUAAUUCUGUAUAGACAACAGGG